CUCCUCCUGGAACUCGCCUUUUAACACAAAUAACAACCGUGCGUGAGCUGCAUGAUUGUGCAUUUUCACCUUCAAAUAAAAGAAGACCAGCUCGUGCUUGAGACAGUAAACGAAUCCUGAACGCUACGUCUAAAACAUGGCGAUCGAAAGCCUGCUACCUGCCAACUUUGGCUAUGCAAUUUUUACGUAUUUGUAUAGUUUUGUCAUGUUGACGUAUCUCGGGUUACAAGUUGGUGGUGCACGAAAGAAGUAUGGAGUUAAGUAUCCCACCAUGUACAGUGAUAAGGAGCAAGUGUUCAACUGCAUUCAGAGAGCUCAUCAGAACACACUGGAAGUGUAUCCACAGUGGCUGGUCUUCCAGACUAUUGCUGCAUUAGAGUAUCCUAUCGCUGCCUCUGUGUUAGGAGUUAUCUGGGUUACUAGCAGGUUCUCUUAUGCCUGGGGUUACUACAGUGGCGAUCCUGCUAAAAGGAUGCGUGGUGCGUACGGAUACAUCGGGCUGUUUGGAGUCGUUCUGCUUUCCAUCUCUGUUGCUCUUAAACUGCUUGGAGUGCUUUAAGGAAAACACCACUCAGAAAAUACCACAUAAAAACAAAAUGUGGUUGCACUUAAUGUAGUCUUCAGCAGUUAUUUUUCACUUUUAA